CGACUCGGCUUGAGGCCGUCACCGCGGAGCCGGUCUGCCCGCCCGGUGCCGUGUCCUGGCUCCUGGCUUUUCGCUGGGGCUUGCCGGCAGCCCGGGAACGUCCCGGCUGCUCUGAGGCAGCGGGGCGCCUCCUUGGAAGGCGGAAUAAGUCGCCGCCUUCUAUCUCUUCCUUUAUAGUGACGGCUCUCUGCUGCGCGCCAGUCUUUGCCGUGGUGAUGGGGCUGUGGCCGGGCUUGCAGGCUGUUGCUGCCAUCGUGCUGGGGGAAGCUUUACCUGUGCCCCUGCCCAGAGCUUUUCUCCUCCAUCACCUCUGCCCUCCCCCUGGCUCCCCCCUUAGGUCCCUACCGAGGACGCCGCGGGUUCCCGCUGGCCUCCUGUAGUAAAGCGGUGCUCAGCUCCGGCACUUCUUCGGGAUUAAGGCCUGCUUGUUGUCCUUCUCUUUCCUCUAGCUAGCGUGGCGGUACCGCGGGAGUACCGCUAACCUGUCUCUGGGCAGGGCCGCAGGGCUUCAGAGGGAAAGGAAGGAGCGAGGCCCCCUGCCAAUCUGGAGUUCACCUAUAGGGUAGCGUCGCUUCUGUUGUUUAUACUUGUGUAUUACAGCAGGACUGAUGCUUUGAUGCAGUAUGCAGGCGCGGCCAGUUGCUGUUACAGAGUCUUGUGGCUUUUCUGUGCUCUUCAAGAAACCUGAAAGUGUCUUCAGUUGUUAUUUGUAUCUGAUAGGAAAUCUGCUCUUAGAUAAAGUACUUAGGCAAGAACAGAUUUUUUUUUUUUUCCACUGGGCAGGAGUCUGAUUUCUUAACUUUUUUCACUGAUGUAGUUGUUGAUAGUGAUAAAGUGAUUGUGCAUACUUCAAUUUUUCCAUCUACUUGAGAAAAUGCUGCGCCUUUUUUUAUUGUUGAAGACUUCAAGCGCAGUUACAAAAAAUAAUUACCUGUCUCAUGCUUUUUGAGGUUUAUUUUUAUCACUGUUUUUCUCAAAAUAUUGUAUUGUUUAAGCAGAAGGUUUCAGGUCCUUUUUUGUUUUUUUUUGCUAUCCAGCCACACACUUGUAUUACAAAAAUCCCUUUCACACACAGCUUUCCUGUAUGCUAGUAGUUUGGCUGUUACAGUGUAUAAAGCACAUUUCUAAUUUAUUGGAUGUUUUUAAUGCUGGAAAACUGCUUCAAGUGGAUUUGAAUGGACAGGUAUGCAGCAUCUGUUCUACAAUUGUCAAAUCAUCUAGACAAUGACUUUCAUAAAGCGGAAUUAUCAGUUGGAACAACACAUCCUUUUAGGAAAUUCUUUCUGGAGUCGUGGUCAUAACAAGUAAGGAUACAGUCCAGCACCAAGGUAUCUCAUUAACAAUGGAAGGAUCGGUAAAUCUGCAGCUUAGUGCCAAAAGUGUGGGUGUGUUCGAAGCUUUCUAUAACUCUGUCAAGCCUAUUCAAAUUAUUAACAGCACUAUUGAAAUGGUAAAACCAGGGAAACUUCCCAGUGGCAAGACAGAAAUUCCAUUUGAAUUUCCAUUGCACAUGAAGGGGAACAAAGUUCUGUAUGAGACAUAUCAUGGUGUCUUUGUUAAUAUUCAGUAUACCCUACGGUGCGAUAUGCGACGUUCUCUGCUGGCAAAAGACCUAACUAAGACUUGUGAAUUCAUUGUCCAUUCACUGUCACAGAAAGGGAAACUGAUGCCUAGCCCAGUAGACUUCACAAUUACUCCUGAAACUUUACAAAAUGUUAAAGAGAGAGCCUCACUUCCAAAAUUCCUCAUCAGAGGUCAUCUCAGUUCUACAAACUGUAUCAUUACACAGCCAUUAACAGGGGAGCUGGUAGUGGAGAAUGCAGAGGCUGCAGUCAAAAGUAUUGAGCUGCAGUUAGUGCGUGUGGAAACCUGUGGGUGUGCAGAAGGUUACGCCAGAGAUGCCACAGAGAUACAGAAUAUCCAGAUCGCUGAUGGGGAUGUCUGCAGGGGCCUCCCGAUUCCUAUAUACAUGGUGUUUCCCAGGUUGUUCACCUGCCCUACCCUGGAAACAACAAACUUCAAAGUUGAGUUUGAAGUUAACAUUGUUGUCCUUCUGCAUGAUGAUCAUCUCAUCACAGAGAACUUCCCGCUGAAGCUCUGCAGGAUGUAAAUAGCCAGAGGAGAAUCACUUAAGGAUUUACAGAAAAAGGACAAAAUUCAUUAGAGGCAAAGUGAAAUUUUAUCCAUGUCUCAUUUUAACUGAAAACAUCACUUCCUUCUCCCUGCUGGUAGUUCUUGUGCUUUCAGUUGUCUCUAAAUCCUGCUAAGACUUUUAGCCCGCCUUACUGUAGCCUACAUGGAUGUAUUGAUCCAGACAGCUGUCAGGUCUCUUUUGGACUUCAACAACCGUGUUUUCCCCAGUUUUUCUCAGAUAAAUCCUGAAGGAAUAAUUCUGUAUUUCUAUAAGUUGCAGAAAUAUGUAAUGAGUUUCUCUCCUUUUUUCAUGUUGUAAUACUUGUUCCAAAAUCCUUUAAAGACCUCUUAAACCUAGUAGGUCCUGUUAUAUGUGGUGUAUAUAUACUGGGGGGAGGGUAGGGGACUUGUAAUAUAAUACUGUCUUUGAAGGUAAAAUAAAUGGUGCUACAACAAUGCAGGGUGGUGAUGCAGGAUGAAUAUCGCAAGAUGAAUGUGAUGUGAAAUGAAUAAUGAUGUGUAAUAACACUGAGUGUAUUUUGGUCAAAUUGGGAGUAUGAGUCUGUACUGGAGGAAUUGAUGUCGUUCUCUUGUGUCUGGUUUUUCCCUGGGCUCUUCCCUGGGUUAGAAAAACAAUGACCUUGCUUCAUCUUUGCAAUUUAUGUAAAGUAAUGCUGAAAAGGAUCAGGCAAGUUUAUAGUUUGAGAAUAUACUUACUCUUUGCAUUAUGCUGUCUUCCCUUUUAUAAGACUUCCACAGCUCAGUUUUGAUAUGAAAAAAGAGUCUGUCACAUGCCAAACAGCACCACUGAAUUGUUGCAGAUCAGCCUGGGCUGCUGGUGGGAAAACUGCAUUAAAGACUUGUACCCUGGGGCACCUUUUA